UAGUAACUCGAAAUAGAAGCCUCGAAAUGAGUCCAAGGCAGGCUCCCUUAAUGUGGCUGCGCUACCUGAACUUAGAGCCCCAGGAAGCACUUGGAAUGACCCUGGGGAGCAGUUCUUUUGGAAUCACAGCAGCUGAGUGUCCACACGGACCCUAUUCCAAACUAGCAGUUUUGAACUAGGCGUUAUUCCUUGGUGAAUGCGGGGUUAUUGUUUCGCUAUAGCAAGGCCUUUACUUGGAAAUCAUUCCGAAAUACUGGGCCUCCUGUGUGGUGCUCGCCUUGGUAUUUCGAAGUAACUCUGUAGUGUGGACAUGCCCUGGAGGAGCCCCCCUGUAUGGACACUCACCAGGUUGCUUUUUGGACACAACUGUUAGAUCCCACAUGCUGUUAGGGUGCUUGGAUCGGGCCAGAGUCUAGACACUGUCUCAAGGUUGGGCUUCCAGGCACACUUUCAGGGUGCAGAUCCUCUGUCUAGUACCCCUUCCUGAGAUGGGAUUCUGCAGUCCGUCUGCUGCUGGCCUCCCCCGUAGCAAACGCAUGUCGCCCGGGAUCCACCAAAGCUACAGCCCCUCGGUGCUAUUUCACCCUUUGGACAGUAGAGAAAGGGACUCAGAGCAUUUCUCAGUCCGUCGUCCUUCACUAAUAGACAAAGCACAAGAGCGAUACAAACCUACAGCAGGUACCAACCCUCAUUCCAGCAUCCUCACCCCUCGGAGCCUUGGGGGGUUGGUCCCUGGACGGUCUGUUCCUGCACAGCCUUGUUACAAAGAGCCCUCGGUCAGAGCAGAACUUGUCCUUUUCUACAGUUCCAGUUCCCUCCAUCAGCUUCAGGUCCCUUGUCUGGUGCCACUGCUUGGUUAGAGCCCACCUACCACUCAGACUGGGAACACCGGUUCCCCUGACGAGCCCACCAGCCUAAGGACAGCUCAUUCUUCCAGGAAUGGGUCCCAUGCAGGUUAGUGACCUGACUGGUCUCUUGUUAACUCGUUGCCAGUGGGCACAGUCUAAGAUUGCCCAGUUCAGUGUGGAGAGUAAAAGGCAAACACGAAGGUUCAGUACAAGUGACAGUCAACGUGGAGUUUGUGGACUGCUACACCUGCUAGCCCGUCAUAGCCGCUAUCUGCUGCAGAGUUCUCCUCCCUCAACCUGAAAGCAGAGUUGGUCUUCUGGCCUGUGAGUUCCUAGAACGGAGUGUGGGGAAGGCAGAGCAGAGUUUUCCCUCCGCCGGUCCCCCAGGCAUGGGGAAGGCAGCUGACCUGUAGCGUGGCAAAGUGACACAGUAGAUCAGCGAGUGGAGAGGAAACACAGGCUCUUGCUUUCAUUGCUUGUGAUAUGGCUAGCCCCGCAGCGAAUCCUCCGAGUGGUGACCUUACAGACCCCUGGAGAGUUCAUAUUCAGGCCUCUGCUGUCCGUUACCAUAAGACAUUGCCUGCUGAAUGGGCUGAGCUGGUCUUAAGGCUUUGCCUUACCAUUCCUCAUUAUCUUCUCUUCCUGUCCUUGCAGAUCUAUGUGAAGCAGCAGGACCGUGUCGUUGGCAUCACACAAGACCUGCAGAUGGCCAAGAUGAGCCUGAUUGACCUGGCAGGCUCGGAGCGCGCAUCAGCCACCAAUACAAAGGGGGAGCGGCUUCGAGAGGGGGCCAACAUCAACCGUUCACUGCUGGCCCUGAUUAAUGUCAUCAACGCACUGGCAGAUGCAAAGAGCAGAAAAUCCCACAUCCCCUACCGGGACAGUAAGCUCACACGCCUGCUGAAGGACUCUCUUGGGGGUAACUGCCGGACCAUCAUGAUUGCUGCCAUCAGCCCAUCUGCACUUGCCUACGAGGACACCUACAACACGCUCAAGUAUGCCAAUCGGGCCAAGGAGAUCAAACUGUCGUUGAAGAGUAACGUGCUCAGCCUGGACUGCCACAUCAGCAAAUAUGCAGCUAUCUGUGAGCAGCUGAAAGCAGAGGUGGCAAACCUGCGAGAGAGGCUUCACGCUUACGAGAGAAACGCCCAGGAUCCAGCCCCCCAUGUCCCGGCUCCUCAGGCGCAGUCUAGCCCCUGGCAGGUGGAGCUGCUCAGGUCAGAGGCUGCACAGGAGGGGUCUCCAGAGCCGGAAGUCCCUGAGGAGGGUAACCAGGAAAUGGUGAUGCAGCAGCAGGAGCUGCAGGCGAGACCGCCCGUUCAGCACCAGGGGCUGGGAGCAGUGGAACAGUCUCCAGAGAAGGAACUUCUUGACCGUGCCGCUGAUCUUCCGCAGAAAACCCGGAAACCAGGCGCUCUGCCCCGGGAUCAGACAGAGAGUGAAGCUCAUGUCCCGGCCCUGUGUCCCAGGCUGGUAGUCGCUGUCCUGCAAGUUGCGCAGAGGCAGUACGCUCUGCUCCAGGCUGCCAACCUCCUCACCCCUGCCAUGGUCUGCGAGUUCGAAGAGCUGGAACGGCGGGUGGGGGGAGACCAAGGGGCUCCCCCACCGAAUCGGCUGGCGUCCUCAGGGCAAGCCACAUCCCAGCGAGUGCCGUCUUGCGUCCCCAAGGCCUGCCCCUCAACUGUCACCAGAACCCGGGUGCCUCUGACCACGUCUGCUGCCCAGAACUGCUGCACUCCAGCUGCACUCCCCGUCCGAGACCUGAACACCACCUUCGACCUUGCUGAGGACGGCUGUCCGUCCGGUGUGGCCAGCCCUGUGACCUUCCCUGGCUGGGAGAACGUCCAGUACCACUUCAAAAAGCCCGAAGGCCCCUUCAUGCCCAGAGCUGCGAUGCCUGUGCUCGCCGUGAAGGGCUCCUCCCUCCCGCCGGGCAGCACCCCAAAGCCGUCCUCCUCGGCUCCCAAAGCCCUGGGGCCGAAGCGAAGGCGUCCUGAGAGGUGAGAGCAGCCAGCCCACGCCCCGACCCAUGUGCCCCUCUGGUUCCCC